UUACAGGUGACCGACUCAUAGUUCUCACUCGAGACACCAUGAGUAAACUUGACACUCGGAUUGUGAUAGACGGAUAAAUCCGUCGAGCGAUGAUCCCCGAAACUCCCAUGCAUGACGUCAAACAAGCAGCGCCCAUCACGCAAUGACGACCUCAUCGGGAUAGAGUGCUUGUCUGAGGGGUCUCAUCCCCUUGUACUCACUUGUCUCUUACAUCAAACCAUUGAUUAUCAUUGAGAAGACGCCGAAAUGAUGCUCAAACGCCUCCUCCUCGCGACAUCGCUGCUGCUGCUUCCCGGGGCGGCCGCGGACGGUGGUGACCAGAGCGCGAUUGUCGAGUCGCGCGGCGACAUCCCAGCCAUUGGCCUGGGCACCUGGCUGUCUCCCAAGAAAGAGGUCAAGCACGCAGCCAAGUACGCGCUCGACACGGGCUACACGCACAUUGAUGCCGCACGCGUCUACGGCAAUGAGCGCCAGGUGGGCAAGGGGAUCAAGAAAUCCUCCCUGAAGCGCAAGGAUCUCUGGGUCACGAGCAAGCUGUGGAACACGGACCACCGGCACCCAGAGCGCGCCAUCAAGAAGACGCUCAAGGACCUCAAGCUGGACUACCUGGACCUCUACCUCAUGCACUGGCCCGUCGCCUUCAAGCGGGGCACGACGGUCGACACCCGCCGACCCAUCACGGAGACGUGGAAGGACAUGGAGGCGCUCGUCAAGAGCAACAAGACCCGCUACAUUGGCAUGUCCAACUUUGCGCCGGCGGACGUGGACGCCAUCCUGGCCGUGUGCGAGAUUUGCCCGUACGCGCACGAGUUCGAGACGCACCCGUACCUCCAGCAGCAGGAGUACGUGGACUGGCACACGGCGCACGGGAUGCGGGUCAUUGCCUACUCGCCGCUCGCCAACCUGAACCCGCACUACGACUCGGGCCUGCCGAGCAUCCUGGACGACCCGUUCUGGGUGCAGAUGGCUGAUAAGAAGAACGCGACGGUCCCGCAGGCGGUUCUGGCCUGGGGUCUGCAGCGGGGUACUGUAGUGAUCCCCAAGAGCGUGCAUGAGGAGUAUAUCCGGGAGAACCUGGGUGCGCUGAGGAUUGUGUACGCCGAGGAGGAGAUGAUGCAGAUUGCGACGCAGGAUCGAAAGGUGAGGAUGAACAAUCCGGGACGGGAAUGGGGCGUGGACUUGUUUGACGGGCUGGAUGAUCCUACUGUUCCGAAGCGAGAGGAUGAGCUGUAGAAGUUUGAUAGGGGAGCACAUAGGGUGGGUUCAUGUGGGAGAGUAGGCUGACGGCAAGGCCUCGGAAGUAAUACAAACCAUGCAAAAUGGUCAUUGAUUGCACUUCAUUCAAGCAGCU